AUGUUGAUCUCCCACCUAGGACAGUGCACGACCCAGUGCACAUCCUCUGGCCGACAAGGUUACCCUGCUGGAGCAGGCUGGCGCGGCCCAGGAACUGGCGUCAACUCGGGACUCGCUCAUGUUCCGACGUUCAGCGGGGCCUCGCUUUGUGCUGCCGGAUCAAUCGCCACUGCAGCGCCGGUUUUACCAGCAUCAGUACCGGCUGCCAGCCACCCGCCACAACAGUGGCCGUCAUCUGGAGAUCUCCCCGUGGUGCCGCCUCGCCUUCGAGACCGGAUUGUGCGAGGAAUUCCGCUGCCUGGCACCCACGGCACAGCUCCAUCCGGACAUGCCGAUCUUGCCCACACCGGACUGACCGAAGACGUGGCCAGGCUGGCGUCCCUGGCAAUAGCACCGUCAUCCAGGAGGACAUACUCAGCUUCAGAGCGGCGGUACCUGGAUUUCUGUCAGCAGCAUGGCGUCGUGGCCCUGCCUGGAAGCGACGUUACGCUGUGCUACUACGCAGCCCUCCUCAUGCGCACACUGCGGCCGGCCUCGGUUCGCACAUAUAUGUCAGCCAUCCGGAACUUACACGUCGAAAUGGGCCUCGAGUACCCGAAUCAGCCGACGUCCCUGCUGUCACGAGUGUUAAGAGGCAUAGCCCGUUCGUCGGGACCUGGCCGCCCUCGUUUGCCUAUCACAACACCCAUCCUCCGGCAACUCUGCCAACGCCUCCAAGUUUCCUCCAUGCGGCACCCAGUUGACCAGGCAAUGCUGCAGUGCGCCUUCACCCUGGCCUUUUAUGGCUUCCUGCGCUGUGGUGAGCUCACCUCGUUGACGUUUGGCAACGUGGCCCUGGACCAACAAUCAUUUCGUAUCACCAUCACGCUGCUGCAAUCAAAGACGGACCCGGACGGUAGGGGCACGGUAGUCCACGUGGGCGGCUGUACCGAUGUCAUCAGCUGCCCUGUUACGGCGAUGGUGCGGUACCUGACGGCAGUGUCAGCGGAGUCCCAAUCUCCUAGAGAUCAGCUGCUCGUCUACCACAAUGGCCAGCCUCUGACACGAGCGGACGUCACGAGGGAGGUGCGGACCCUCCUACCGCUUUGUGGGAUUACAGAUCCGUCCAGCUAUGCCAGCCACUCAUUCCGGAUCGGAGCAGCCACGUCUGCAGCUAUCGCAGGCGUACCAGAGCACGUGAUCCGCCAUAUGGGGCGAUGGCGCAGCGACGCCGUGCUGCGCUAUAUCCGUGUUGAGCCAUCCGAGGUGCGGCUAGUAUCAGAGAAGCUGGCCACAGUGAGUGACUGA